AUGGUUUCCUUCACUUGUAGCGUCUGUCAAGACGUUGUGAAAAAACCCAAAGUUGCGGGUCACGGGAAUAUGUGCCGCGGCGCCUCUUUUGCGUGUGUGGAUUGCAUGGAAGUGUUUGACAUUCACACUGUUAAGGGCCACACUUCAUGUGUAACGGAGGUUGAAAAAUAUCAGGGAAAAUGGCGGCGCAACACUUCAGGUGGAUUUCAGCCGCAGCAACAACAAAACCAAAAACUUAAUGGACAUCAAAAAUCUGCUAAUGAUAGUGAUGAUGAAAACCACUACGGUAAUGGUAAAAGCGAUAGUAAAGGAUACAUCAAUGGUAAUAAUGCGGGAAGGAAUGGUGCAGAUAAGAAAAUGCGACGGCCCGCCAUGCAGCUAAGCAGCGAUUCAGACGACGAUGACGACUCGUGGGUAAAACAAAAGAAGAAAACUUCCAAUAAGGCGGGAGAAGCAGAAAAAACAACUCAAUCAACAGAUGCAUCAUCAUCAUUAUCAUCAUCAUCCGUAGUGGCAGCGAAGGCGGUAUCAAAUGUUUUAAUUACCGCUGCGACGGUUUAUGAAGCGGAAGGCGCUGAAGUGCGGCGGGGGAAACGACAUCGGUUAGAACCAUUAGUGCUACCGCGUUCCGUGUGCUCGACGGAGGCAUCCGAUUGCGUUGUUCCAAGUUUUGUAUUGGGAAGUGAUGAUGAGGUGACAAAAGUGGUGCGGUGGGUUCUUGAAGAUGCGGCACCGGCAACACUCAACAUGAAAGAACUCGCACGGAAACUUGUGGAAUGUUAUGAGGCCCGGCUCGCACGGAAGUUGCGAUGUGUUGUGGAGUCACUCAUACGCCGGGGGAAACUCCGCCUUGAGGAGGGUGUGGUAAUGAUGCGAGAUGAAGAGGCGGGAUAA